AACAAACCCAGCGCAGAUGCGGAAGGCGAUCCUCCAGAUCCCUACAAUGCAUUCCUCUUUACCGAAAUGUGUGGCGUCCCCGGCAUUACCACUCCGUGGGCGCUGCCGCAAAAUGAUCUCCAAUGGAGCGACAAUUGGUUCUAUGGCGUCAUCGUCGGCAGCCUAGCCAUGUCGAGCACCAUCUUUUUGAGAGAAUUCGUCGGCAAGUUCGUAGAGCCCAUCCACAAGGACUACUCUGCCUUUGACGAUACUCUGGCAAGCGGCAAAUCUGGGAUGCCGAUGUUCGGAUAAAUCGAGUCAAGAAAGAUGUCAAGUUGCUUGGCAACUGCGUGCAGGGCCAGUGGCGUACCGUCGGAAAUCAGUGGGUGCUCGAAUCAACGUCGACAAGCACACACGCCGAGAUCCCCUAGGAAGACGGGGGCAAAUCAUUUACGGUACGGGCCAUUGUGCAAGCAACCAUGACGAGCGCUCUGAAGCCUGUUCCAGGUACCGGAAAAUUUCACAUUGGGCAAAAUCUGCAGGUUGUGACCAAGUGGUCCAACUUUUCUAUCCAAUACGCCUUUCAUGUUACAUCAAUCUUCAACGGAACUUAUGUCGUGCAGUUGGCAUCUGUCGGCUCUACUGCCGAGCUUACAUCCAGCGUGACAUUUAAGAACAACUACAAGCCGGUUCUCACAUCCACAAUCACCGAAAGUGGUAUUCUCAUUCGGGGAAUUGGCAGUAAUCAGACGGAAGAGGAGAAGAGGAAAUGGGAUGAAUAUCAGGCGGUUCUGAUUGGCACCAUCGAAAUCAGGGUGCCUAACACAGUCGACUUCACCAUCAAAAUCAACCAGGGCUUAAACGACCAGAGAAAGUUUAUCUUCCCAGGAGGCGGCACCUUGGAUAUGAGCAACCCUAUAUUCAGCAACACUGGGGAUCUUCUGCUCGGCCUGGUUUAUCGACAAGGAAAGAUUUAGUUUUGGGACCUUUGCAGCAGCGUUUGAUUAGGCAACAGCUAGCAUUUUCAACAUCGUGUCUGAGUUCGUAUACUAGGCUCCUUGUUGUUGUGAACCCGUUAAUCCUGCAGAGACUAACUGGAGGUAUCACUUGGUUUGCUGGGUAUGUGCUUUAUAACGGAUCACCAGAUUCUAGCUUAUAUAACGAGAAGCUUCUGUUAGGUCUGUACUGUAUCGGAGUAUCCGCUUAGAUUGCGCUGUUGGGGCCUAAGAUAUAUAUGUCUGCGUGAUACACACAUGAAGUAUGUUAUCUUGAGGCUCGUUGCCUACCCUGGGAGUGGA